UGACUGAGUUGUGUGGGGGCAAGCCCCAUUCUGAAGACGCUGAUGAUUUUUCCUGUCUCAUUUUUUUCCUUCCAGAAUGGGUUCUGGGUGGGUUCCCUGGGUGGUGGCUCUGAUAGUGAAUCUGAUCAGGCUGGAUUUCUCUAUGACUCAAGACAGAGACUCUCCAGAAGAUUUUGUGACUCAGGCCAAAGCUGACUGUUACUUCACCAACGGGACAGAAAGGGUGCAGUUUGUGGUCAGGUUCAUCUUUAACUUGGAGGAGUAUGCACGUUUCGACAGUGAUGUGGGGAAGUUUGUGGCCUUGACCGAGCUGGGGCAGCCUGAUGCUGAGCUAUGGAACCGUCGGCCAGACAUACUAGAGAGAAGCAGAGCUGCUGUGGAUGUGCUCUGCAGACGCAACUACGAGCUGGGCGCGCCCUUCACUGUGGGGAGAAAAGUGCAACCAGAGGUGACAGUGUAUCCAGAGAGGCCCCCAAGCCUGCAGCAGCACAACGUGCUGCUUUGCUCUGUGACGGGUUUCUAUCCAGGGGACAUCACGAUCAGAUGGUUCCGGAAUGGGCAGGAGGAGAGAGCGGGGGUCGUGUCCACUGGCCUUAUUGGGAAUGGAGACUGGACCUUUCAGAAAACGGUGAUGCUGGAAACGACUCCUGAACUCGGAGAUGUCUACACCUGCCUUGUUGACCAUGCCAGUCUGCCAAGCCCUGUGUCUGUGGAGUGGAGAGCCCAGUCUGAGCUCUCCUGGAGAAAGGUGCUAAGUGCAGCGGUAGCCUUCCUGUUUGGGCUCAUCUUCCUUCUGGUGGGGAUCGCCAUUCAUCUCAGGGCUCGGAAAGGAUAUGUGGAGACUCAGCUGUCUGGUGAUGAGGUCUCAGGAGCUGUCUCCCCACCACCGCCAUACUGAGGUCCUGACUGAAGCUUCUCGCCUGGAGCCUGGAGCAGUACUGCCUGGCGAGGGCCCUACACGAAGUAACGGACACUCGUGAGGUCACUGUUCAGGAGUGGCCCUUUUCUGUGAGGCCUUGGUGGAGUUCUGUGUUCCGAGAUCAUGCAUCUCUCACGCUUCCGCCCUUCUUCCUCCUGCUUGUAUAUGCCAUGAGUGCCGGUUUCCAAGGACAGUGUCCAGAAAUUCCCCUAAGACCUAACUCCUUCCAGUCCCAAGCUGUUCACUUUCUGUGGUCCGGCCCUCAGCCUGUGAGUUGAUACCCCCAAGUCCUUCUCUCCUUCAACUUCCAUCUUCAGAAGACAGAUGCUUUCCUUUUCACUGUUUAAAAAAAUCUUCUUAUUGUAAAAUGAAACAGAUACAGACAACUACACAAAAUAUGUAAUUUAAUGAAUUAUUUAAGGCAAAUCCUCUGUAAUCAUCACUCAGGUCAAGAAAUAGAACUUUGCCGACCACUGCGGUCUCCAUGUGCCUCAGGCCGGUCAACCCCUCUGUCCUCUCAGAGGUAAUCAUAUCCUGACUGCCAUGGUAACCCUCUUUUGGUAUUUUUGUAUAGUCUAUUCACUCAAGUAUGAGUUCCUGGACAAUAUAGCUCAAUUGUCUUUUAUGUCUCUUAUACUUGACAGGUUUCUCCUCUAUCCCUUUCUUUUCCUUAGCUGAACUUUUGACCUGCAGAGUUUUCCAUAGUCUGGAUUUUGCUGAUUGCACACACUUGGUGCUGUUUAACAUAUCCUGCCAUCCUUUGCAUUUUCUGCAAAUAGGCAUCUGGAUGCAGUGGGUGGAUCAGAUUUAGCUUUAGUUCCUUUGGAAAGACUAUGGGGGGAGAGGGUUGUGGUUUUUCACCAGGAGGCACACAACGUCUGGUUGUCUCUCUUUUUGUUAUGUUAGGAACCAUUGAUGCUCUUUGCCUCGGUCUUUUAAUUCACUGGGGAUUGCAGAACAGGGAUAUUCUAAUUCUGCCAAUCCUUCAUUUCUAUGCUUUAUCGCAGUAUCUUAAUAUAAUGUUACUACAUUUUCAUGUAACAUCGCUCUCAAAAAGUCUGAUGAUAAUCUAAGUCACUAUUUUUGCUCGGAUGCCCAGGUGGUAUUUUCUUUUUCUUUAAUGUCCAGAAAUUUUAUUAAAAUAUAUCUUGGCUUUGGUCGCUUGAAUUGUGUUUCUCAAAUAAACCACAUUCUCUUUCAAUAUGUUGUUCAAAUCUUUUUUAGUUUUAGGAAUGUUAUAUUGAGUUAUACUUUUUAGUUGAACUCCCGGGCGGCCCAGUGGCUCAGGUGGUUGGAGGGCCGUGCUCCUAACACCGAGAUCUCCAGUUACAUUCCCACAUGGGCCAGUGAGCUGUACCCUCUGCAGCUAAGAUUGUAAA